UUCUCUCUCUCUCUCUCUCUCUCACUCUCUAAAAUCAUUUUUGUACAUACGCGCGCAUCAUCUCCCCCCUUUCUAUAGCUGCGUGUUCUUCAAUUCACGUUCCAUUUCUUCUUCAUUUCCUCUUUGCUCUCUGCUCUUUGCAGUUCCUCUCCUCAAUAUCCUGUCUUCGCUUUGGAUUUCGCCAUCCACCAUUGAAGCUCUGCUGCUAUAGCUUCCUAUAUUGUCAAGACCCGCAACGGAGAACAAUGGCUUCCACCAGCAUCCAAUUGCAGGACGGAGCUUCUCUCUCUUCUGGGUCUAGUUCCUGGAAAUACGACGUCUUCUUGAGCUUCAGAGGCGUAGACACCCGGAACAGCUUCGUUGACCAUCUCUAUUCCGUUCUGGAUGCGAAGUGCAUUUUCACGUUCAAGGAUGACCUGAGGCUCGAGAGAGGUGAAUACAUUUCUCCGACGCUCCUGAAAGCCAUCGAAGAGUCGAGGUUUGCCGUGGUUGUUUUCUCCAAGAACUACGCUUCUUCCAAGUGGUGCUUGGAGGAACUCGCUUACAUCCUCGAGUGCCAGAAGACGAGGGGACUCACCAUUUUGCCGGUAUUCUAUAAAGUCGAUCCCUCGGAUUUACGGAAACAAAGAGGGAGCAUUGGAAAAGCAUUCGCCAAACACGAGCGGGAUUCCAGCAAAAAGAAGGAGAAGCAGAAGGUGCAGAGAUGGAGGAAUGCUUUAACGGAAGCGGCCAACAUUUCUGGGUGGGAUACAAAAACGCACAGACCUGAAGCAGAACUUGUUCGAAACAUUGCCAUUCAGAUUCUAAAUGCACUGGGAGAUUAUGGUUCAAGCAUUCCUGAAGAUUCUGUUGGAUUGCGUCCUCGUAUGGAAAAAGUGAUAUCACUAAUGAAAUUGGAUUUGGAUGAUCCACGUAUGGUAGGAAUAUGUGGAAUGGGUGGUAUGGGAAAGACUACUAUUGCCAAGGCUGUUUAUAACCAAAUUUGUUCUCUGUUUGAUGGUAGAUGCUACCUUGCAAAUGUCAGAGAAACUUCUGAGAAACAUGGUUUGGAGUCAUUGCAAAAAUCUCUUCUAGCUGAUAUACGCUCAGUCUCCGACAGUGAAAUAAAAAUAAGAAAUAUUGAUUUGCCUGGGACAUUAAGGAAUGCUGUACAGAAUAAGAGGGUUCUUGUAGUCCUGGAUGAUGUAGACCAUUUAAAUCAGCUGGAUGCCCUUGUUGGAAGACUUGAUUGGUUUGGUCGAGGAAGCAAAAUUAUAAUAACGACCAGAAACAAUCAUUUACUUGCCAAAUAUGGUCCUGUCUACAACGUUGAGACAUUAUAUUACGAGGAAGCUUUUAAGCUAUUUUGUUAUAAUGCAUUCCGAAACAACCAGCCAACACAGGAUUUUGAGGAACUCACAGAGAGUUUUGUUUGUUACGCUGGAGGAGUUCCAAUAGCUCUCCAAGUUUUGGGUUCUUUUCUUUUUCGCAGAAGCAUAAUUGAGUGGCGAAGUGCAGUUGAUAAAUUAAGGCAGUGGCCCAAUGCAGACAUUCAGGCAGUGCUCAAAUUAAGCUAUGACGGACUGGACCAUGAAGAAAGGGAAAUUUUUCUUGACAUUGCGUGCUUCUAUAAGAGGCUGAGUAAAGAUUAUGUAAUAGAAAUAUUGCAUGCUUGUGGUUUCCACGCUCAUAUUGGAAUAAGUGUUCUUGAAGGCAAGGCACUUGUAACAAUAAGAGACAAUAUGAUAGAUAUGCAUGAUCUGGUACAAGAAAUGGGACGUCAUAUUGUUUAUGAAGAAUCCCCAAAAGAGUCCGGUGGAAGAAGCAGGUUGUGGAAUUACGAAGAGAUCUGCCAUACACUCACAAAAAAAACAGGCACUGAAGCAGUGGAGGCCAUAGUUUUGAAUUCUUAUGGAAGAAAUGAGAUAUCCUUGAGUCCUGAUGCGUUUUCAAAUAUGAGCAAAUUGCGACUGCUCCAACUUAGUUAUUUUCAGCUUCCUAAUGGUCUCGACUACCUCUCCAGUGAUUUAUGCUGCCUUACUUGGUGGGGAUACCCUUUAGAAUACUUGCCAUCAAAUUUUCAGUCGAACAGCCUUAUCAAACUAAAUCUGUCGCAUAGCCGCCUGAAACAACUUUGGAAUGGUGGAAUGGUAACAAAUCUUAAGGAGUUGGUUCUUGAAGGUUGUACGAACUUGGUUGAGAUCGACCCAUCCAUUGAAGCCACCAAAAGGCUUACCGUCUUAAAUUUAAGAGGCUGCAAAAAUCUUAAGGUUCUUCCUACGCGGUGGUGGCUUAAAUCCCUUAAAAAACUUGUUCUUUCUGAUUGCUCAAGACUCGAAAAUAUUUCUGAAGUCUUAGCGUCUGCUACGGAAUGCUUAGUUUGGCUUGAAUUGGAUAAUACUUGUGUAAAGGAAUUGCUAGUUGAACAUCUUAUCAAUCUUGAAUCUAUUAAGCUGCGGGAUUGCAAGGAACUUACAAGUCUUUCAAGUGGCAUUUGUGGGUUGAAACGUCUUGAGAAUUUGCUUGUUUCUGGCUGCUCAAAACUUAGCAAGUUGCCCGAGAACAUAGGAGGAUUGGAAAGCUUGUUGGAACUGAGGGCUGAUCUUACUGCUAUUAAGCAAUUACCAUUCUCGAUUAUACACCUGAAGAAACUAGUUUAUUUGUCAUUUCAGGGUUGCAAGGGAGGAGUAACAUCGUCUCUAUGGAAUUCACAGAACUCAUCAUGUCCAAUUUGGAAAGAUAGUCAAGAUCUCAUGGGUUUUGAGCUACCUCCUCUAUCAGGCUUAUCGUCAUUGGUUACUCUAAUUCUCAGUGACUGCAUCUUUUCAGAAGGAUGUCUCCCAAAUGACCUAGGCUCCUUAUCCUCGCUGUCAUAUUUAAACCUGAGUGGUAGCAACAUUAUUAGUUUACCGGAUAGCAUUGGAGGUCUUGGCCAGCUGUCAUAUUUAAACCUUAGUGGUUGCAACAUUAUUAGUUUACCAGAUAGCAUUGGGGGUCUUGGCCAGCUGUCAUAUUUAAACCUUAGUGGUAGCAACAUUAUUAGUUUACCAGAUAGCAUAGGAGGUCUUGGCCAACUGUCAUAUUUAAAUCUUAGUGGUAGCAACAUUAUUAAUUUACCAGAUAGCAUUGGAGGUCUUGGCCAGCUGUCAUAUUUAAACCUUAGUGGUUGCAAGAUUAUUAGUUUACCAGAUAGCAUUGGAGGUCUUGGCCAGCUGUCAACUUUUCACCUUAGUGAUAGCAAGAUUAUUAGUUUACCAGAUAGCAUUGGAGAUCUUGGCCAGCUGUUAUGUUUAAACCUUAGUGGUAGCAACAUUAUUAGUUUACCAGAUAGCAUUGGAGGUCUUGACCGGCUGGCAUCUUUAGACCUUAGUGGUAGCAACAUUAUUAGUUUACCAGAUAGCAUAGGAGGUCUUGGCCAACUGUCAUAUUUAAAUCUUAGUGGUAGCAACAUUAUUAGUUUACCAGAUAGCAUUGGAGGUCUUGGCCAGCUGUCAUAUUUAAACCUUAGUGGUAGCAAUAUUAUUAGUUUACCAGAUAGCAUUGGAGGUCUUGGCCAGCUGUCAACUUUUCACCUUAGUGAUAGCAAGAUUUCUAGUUUACCAGAUAGCAUUGGAGGUCUUGACCAGCUGUUAUGUUUAAACCUUAGUGAUAGCAACAUUAUUAGUUUACCGGAUAGCAUUGGAGGUCUUGUCCGGCUGGCAUCUUUAGACCUUAGUGGUAGCAACAUUAUUAGUUUACCAGAUAGCAUUGGACGUCUUGACCGGCUCUGUAUUUAUUUUGCGAAUUGCAAGAAGCUUAAAACGGUGUCCUAUCUCCCGACAUGUACUGACUACCUUGCUGCAAGUGGAUGCACAUCAUUAGAAACGUUGCCGGAUCCGCCUAUGCUAUCUAGCUUCCUUCGGUCGGCCGCUUUAAGUGAUUGUCACACAUUAGUAGAGAAUAGGCCCAGCCUCCUCCUUGAACUUUUGAGAAAUAAUCUUAAGCUUCUCUCUCUCUCUGAUUCUGUCUCUCCCCCCCCACCCGAUAAGGUUACUUGUACUGAAGGAUUCGCUUUUGUUGUCCCUGGAAGAGAUAUUCCAAAGUGUUUCAGCUAUCAAAAUGAUAUGGGACAUUAUGUUCGAAUUCAUCUGAUGCCAGAUUCGUAUCAAAGGCUGAGGGGUUUUGUUUUAUGUGCUGCUUUUAAAGCAAAGGCUCCUUCAAUUGGUGCCAAAGUCUCUGUGGAAUAUUACCAUAUGUACAAUGAUGAUCUAGUCCAUGCCAGUCUUACCAACAUUUGUGACUUCGAAUUUCAGUCGGAUCACUUAUUUUUGUGUUACCUGACACGUGAACAUCUUUACAAGUCUUAUUUCACUGAAAUUAAGAACGACAGGCCUGAGAUUAUCAUUUUUUAUUUUAAAAGUAGUAGUCUAAUGUUUGCUCCAACAAAAUGUGCUGUUCAUAUGGUAUAUGAGAAUGAAGAAGUAUGGCCAGAUUUACAGACAAGUAUCCAACAGAGCAGCUGUGAUGAGUUUUAUGAGAAUGACGAAGAAUGGCCAGAUUCACAUGCAAGUAUUCAACGAAGCAGCUGUGAUGAGUUUCAAUGGGGGGAUUCUCAGUCCGAGUUAUUAGAAACUUCAAUUGAAAAUAUUCGAGCUAAGUUCGUCAAUAGGCUUUAUCGUCAUGAUAAGUGUAUGAUGCCUGGGAGAAAUGGUUGGUGGUGACCAAAGUCUUGGGGGCAAUUAAAGAAACAAUUCAAUCAAAAUCACAAUUAUUGAAUGUUGAA